AUGGGCCGAGACAAGAACUGCACAGCCAUCUGGGAGGCCUUUAGUGUGGUGCUGGACAAGGACCCCUGCUCUGUGCUUCCCUCUGACUACGACCUUUUUAUUAACCUCUCGAGGCACUCUAUUCCCAGAGACAAGUCCUUGUUCUGGGAAAAUAACCACCUGCUCGUGACCAGCUAUUCAGAGAAUGGCCGACGCCUCAUGCCUCUGUGUGAUGUGCUGUAUGGCCGGGUGGGAGAUUUCUUGAGCUGGUGUCGACAGAAAAAUGCUUCUGGACUUGACUAUGAAUCUUGCCCUACAUCAGCAGAUUGUGAAAAUAAUCCAGUGGAUUCUUACUGGAAAAGAGCAUCCAUUCAGUAUUCUAGGGAUAGUUCUGGGGUGAUCUAUGUCAUGCUGAAUGGUUCAGAUCCAAACGGAGCUUAUCCAGUCAAGGGUUUUUUUGCAGACUAUGAAGUUCCAUUCCUCCAGAAGGAUAAAAUCACACGAAUUGAGAUCUGGGUGAUGCAUGAAAUCGGGGGGCCCAAUGUGGAAUCCUAUUUGAACUGCCAACCUUUAGUGGAGGGCAAAUUGCUUGUGCCACACCAGGAACUUCCAGUGAAGCUCUUAACAUGUGUGGACCACAGCACUCAUCCGGACUGUGCCUUAAAAUCGGCAGCGACAUCUACUCAAAGAGCUAUCUCAUCUCAUUAUAAAGCACAAGGUGCCAUACUUAUGAUUCCCUUCUUACUGCCUUUGGUCUCAGGUAUUCACCUGUAAGAAAAACUCAGCAGUGCCACCUUAACCAGCCCCAGCCCUGCAACCUGUCCUUGGCACACAGCUAUUAUUCUCAUUCUGUGUGUGCCCAGUGAUUGCAUUGUCUACAAGAACAUGCUGCUGGCAAAACAAUGUUCUGCAAUUCUUUUCUAAUAUGAUACAUACACUUAGCAUUUCAGGAACAAGAGAUUAGUCCAGUCACAGUUAACAGAUGACAGUGGCCCUGUCAUUAAGAAAGCAAGACUUUUUUUCAUAACUUAAUCAACACUGAGAUCCAGACUACUUGCUAUAUAAUCUAACAUCUUUAGAAAAGUUGAAUAAAAUAGCACCUUAUAUACUUUU